AUGUGUAAGGAUUUGAUGAACCAAUCGCAACAUUUGCAAAGGGUAGUUGAUCAUUUCACUACUGAACAAAUUGCAAAUAAUCGGUUGCAAUUGAAGGCUACAAUUUUUAUUGUGCGAUAUCUUGCCUUUCAAGCUAUAGCUUUUAGAGGUCGAGAUGAAAGUUUUAGUUCAUUAAAUCGUGAGAACUUUCAUGAAUCAUUGGGUAUUGUGACUUUUUGGAAUAAGAAGGUUGCUGAAAUAAUAGAAAAAGCUCCAAAAAAUGCAACCUACACAUCACCUAGGAUUCAAAAGGAAAUUCUACAUGUUUUCUCAGCCAAAGUGAAGAAGGCCAUUCGGGAAGAAAUUGGUGAUGCAAAGUUUUGCAUAAUGGUUGAUGAAGCUUGUGAUGAGUCCAUGAAAGAGCAAAUGGCUGUGGUGUUUAGAUAUGUUGAUGCAGAAGGCUUUGUGAAAGAACGCUUUUUUGGGCUUAUUCAUGUUGUUGACACUGCAGCUUUGACUCUAAAGAAGAGGAUAUAUUCUUUGUUAUCUCAAUAUUGCUUAGAUAUACAAAAUAUUCGAGGUGCUUCAUGCAAGCGCAAUGAGCAAUUGAAAGUUGCCAAUGCUAAUGAAAUAGCACCUUUGAUUGAUCUUGAAGAGCUUGAGAUUGGAAGUGGACUUAAUCAAAUUGGCACUUUACAACGACCUGGAGAAACACAUUCUCAACUACAGGAACUAAAUUAUCGGUUUAAUGAAGAUGCAAUGGAGUUGCUUAGGCUUAGCUCAGCUUUAGAACCUCGAGAGGCAUUAAAAUCUUUCAGAAUUAGUGAUCUUUGUUUGUUGGUAAAGAAUUUCUAUCCACAAGAUUUCACAGAUUAUGACAAACAAGUGUUGGAGAAGGAGCUUUAUCAUUUUGAGCAUAAUGUAGUCCAAGAUCCAGAGUUCAAAAAAUUGAAAAGUUUAUCUGAGUUGUCUCAAUGGUUAGUGAGAACUGGAAAUUCAGAACACUACAAACUUGUUUAUAGAAUGGUGAUACUUGUGCUUACUCUUCCAAUUUCUACUGCUACUACAGAGCGAGCAUUUUCAGCUAUGAAACUUGUCAAAACUGAACUUCGAAACAAAAUGGAAGAUGACUUUUUGAAUGACUCUUUGAUGUUAUACAUUGAAAAGGAUAUAGCUUCGACAUUUAGUUUGGAUUCAAUAGUAGAUGAUUUUAAAGAUUUGAAAGAGCGUCGAGUUCCCUUUUCAUAG